AUGAGAUUAGUGAAUGCUAAUCAUCCACCUUCUUCUCCUUUAUCACCUGAAAACUUGUUAUUAGAUCACGGACCUGAUAGUAUAAUUAAAUCUUUAGAAAAUCAAGCUGAUCUUUUCUUUAAUAACAACGAAGGAGAUAACGAUAGUAUUAAUACAUUAGACUUAACUAAAGAAGUAAACAUAGAACAAGAUAAUCAAGUAACGUGUGGCCCCGCAAGAAUCCGUAAACUUCAAAUUCUUUCACAUCAUUAUAAAAUUGCCUCAAAAUUAGAGAUUUAUGUUGGCACAGUACAAAGACGUAAAGAAGUAGUGGGGGGUAUGACAAAUAAUAUCAAUAACAAUGAUGAUCCUGCUGAUGUAAAACGUACAAUAUCGUGGGAUAAAAUGCCAAAAAUAAUAGAAAAUGAUGGAAUGUGCUCGGACGAUGAGAGUGGCGAGGAUGUACAAGAUGAUGACUUUGUCAUCACCGCCGCCACCAAUCACAACGAUACUAAUUACGAUCUAAUUAAAAUGAAUGGUGAACCGUAUAUUCAUUUCAAGAGAUUAGGUUAUUGUGCAUUAGACAGUAACGAGAGAGCAAAUUACAAAGCCAGAGAAUUUAAAUCGGUUAGACUUGACGUUGAUGGUGAAUAUAUUAGAUUGGUGGCUCGUAAAUGCUAUACAAAUCAUUUGAAUCAAUAUAAUCAAGUUGGUAUUGUCGGUAUAACAGUUAUGGGCGAACCAGCUAAUUACUUGCUUGUAGGCGAAAGUACAAAAAUCCCAAUAGAGAACGCUGAUGAUGGAUUAUCAAGAGUUGCAUCACCUGAAAUUUGUAUUGUACCGAUUAUUCAAGAACGCUGUUAUCAACCACACGAUCAAAGAAAUUUUGGUUCAUUAUAUUCUUUGUUACAAGGUAAUAAUAACGACACUCGUGAAUCUUUAAAUCCAUCAACUUCAAAACAACCAGAAAUUUCCACCGUAAAAAGAAAGUUAAAAGACUAUCUUACGGCAAACGACUUUCUACAAAAUCAAAACGAGACAGCACGACUAUUAUUGGCAUUUGAUAAUGCAAAAAAAAAUGCCGUGAUAGUGGAAGAUUUCCCUUUGGCAAAAGUGUUAAAGUAUUCGGUUGAGCUGAUGAAACGUGGCGUCGAGGAAGUUGCUAAACUUGAUGUUUUAAAACAUGAGGCGGUUGUAGUGGAAGAUUUUGAUAAUGCUGACAAGUAUAAACGAGAGAUUGAAGCUGUUAGAGACGAGAUACGCACCGCGUUAUCAGAUGAAGGAUUAGAUAUAGACGAUCAAGACGAGGUUAUGGUUUAUGAUCCUCAACUUGAUCCCCAAUUACAAGAUAUAAUAGAAGAAGAACCUGAAGAAUUAUCAAAUUUAGCUAGAUCGGCUUUUACUCUGUCAAUACAAUUUUUCGGUGACUUUCUUAUCGCCAGUUUGUUAUCAAAGAAAAUCAAAUUACGCGAAUUGGCAUUAAAUGAAAUAAGAAAAAGAAUUGAUUAUUCUAUUUCCAGUGACGACAAUAAUGAUCCUAGCAAUGACAAUGCUGAAGAUGUGGUGGCUGACAAAUUAGCUUUGAUCAAAGCAAGUUAUCAAGUUAUACAAGAAGGUCUAAACGACCACCAAGAAAAAUUAUUGACCUUGACAUUGUCACUUUGGCAAUCAACCAUCAACUACUCAAUCUAUAAUCAAAUUCCAAUUUCUUCAACUUAUAAAAUGGUAGAACAAACUUACCCAUCAUUAUUUACCAAGAUCACCGAAUCAGAUACAACAACCGACGUAACCGCAUCACCAUCAAAAAUAAAGCAAGUAUCAAUGGAUCUAUUGAUACUGUUAAUUAAAACUUAUCAAAAUUCAAAUCAUUCAUUAAUGGAAAACUUGAUCCUGAAACCGGCAAAAACUCCAUCACAACCAUCUAAACAAGCGAAAGCGAAAAUUGAAAUUGUCAUGCAACUAAUUGAUGAGUUUGGUGUCUCAAUGUUAACCAAAGAAAAAUUAAAACUUCAUCAUAAACAUCAACAACAAUCGGUGAAGAUGGGUUAUGAAUAUUUGAUGGAAUUGUCAUUAUCUUAUCUAAAUAAUAAUAAUGCUGAUGCUAGAGAAAUGGCCGUUAAAUUGGUAUUUGAAGUGGUUAAACGCGUUGGUAAACAAUUGAUCGAACCGUAUUUCGCUAACAAUAGGAAUGUUAAAUAUCCAAAUUUGAUCAAUGAUAUUUGGAAAUUGGUAACAGAACACGAAACAGUUAAUGGCGAAAUAAUCCAAAGAGCUCCAACACCUGAUCCAAUAAUUACAAAACCUAAAAAUGAUGAAGAUAAAGAAGCCAGCAAAGCCAUUGCCGAUCCAACUGCACCACUUUCAAUUUCACCAAAACCCGAACUAGUAGAUGCUGAAGUACUCGAAUUGACAGAAGAAGAGUUAAGAGAAUUGGAAGAAUUAGAAAGAUUGGAGAACUUCGAAAUCGAUCAAUCUUUACUUUCAAAACCAUUGGCUAAACGCGGCACUGUCACCAGGAUAGAACAACAACUCAUGGAAUUAAGAUCAAUGGCGAAUAAUACAAAUAAUAUUAUUAAUGAAGAUUACGAUAGUUAUCUUGCCAAUUCUAUGAAACAACCUUAUCAUCAAGAUGAGGAAGUAGUAGAAGAAGAAGAGGAGGAAGAAGAUGUCAAAAGUCAAGCCGCAUCAAAUAAACCAUCACCGCCAUCAUCCAAGAAAUCUAGCAAUUCUAGUCGUAAUGCAACAAAACCAUCGUCAUCCAACAGCACCGCAUCAUCUAAUAAAUCCAAAAAAUCAAAUAAUACCAGUAGUAAUGCACCAUCAACAAAGAAAACUUCAGCAGUUAAAUCUAAAAGCAGUGUCUCUUCUGCCAACAAUGCCAACAAGUCUGCAUCAAGAAGAGGAUCCACUGAUGAAACUAAAGCUGGUCCUAAAGGAACUAAAAAAUCAUCAAGUAAAAAUGCAGAUGCUGAAAGUUUAUCUAAUGAAGCUGAUAAAGAAGAGGAUUAUAGUGAUAGAUGUUGUAUAUUUUGUGAUGAACAAAAUAAUGAUUUCACUGAAGAAAAUUUAGUCAUUCACUAUUGGAAUGAAUGUCCUUUAUUAACAAAAUGUCAUCUUUGUAAUAUUAUUUUGGAAAUUUCAACAUUAGAUGAACACAUGUUAAAGGAUUGUGACAAGAGUAAAUUCGUCAAACAAUGUCAAAGAUGUCGUGAAAUAAUAGAAGCUGACGAUUACUUGGAACAUAUAGCUAAACAAUCAUGUAUGACAAUUAGACCUGAUAUUGUUAGAUGUCCUCUGUGUAAAACAGUGAUCAAACCUGCUACUGAAGCUGGUUGGAAAGCUCAUUUAUUAGAUGUUAAUGGUUGUCCAAGAAAUCGUAGAAAAAUAAAAUCCGAUGGUGAACAUAACGAUGGUGAUUGUGGUGCUGUUGCUACUACAAACACCAAUACUGCUACUAAAGAAUCUCCAUCACCAAUUAAAAAACGUUCAAAGGCUACUACUGGUGAUUCACCAAAAUCUGCGGCUACUAAAAGUAGUGGAUCUACCACUAGUCGUAAAACCACUGGUGCUGCUGCUACCACCACUACAGGAAAGACUAAAAAAACAACAUCAUCUUCAACAACAAAAGUUUCAAGGGUCAAGAAAUAA